GUGAUCAUCAACUACAGCGUGGUGAUGUAUGAGCUAGGUUUAACGGCAUUCACAAGACGCAGUUUCACCAGGAUUUGGAAUGCACUGCAAGAUUUCGACGAGAAUAUGAGACGUUUGGGUUAUGCUCGCAAAGAGACGAGGACUGCGAUUGUCGCAUGGUUUCUUGUAAUUAUGACCACGAUCAUCUGGAUGGCUAUUAAUCGUAUCGGAAUGUACGCCUUUUUAGAGACAUGGACCAGCAAUAUGAAAUACAUGAUUCCCUACAUCGGUACGUCGAUAGCUAUCUACAAGUUCGUGGCGAUAACUAUUUUUCUAGGUCAGCGGUUUGAUCACCUUAAUUCGGUUGCAAUACAAAAUCUACCAUCGACGUCGAUAAGAGAUAUUGGAACAAUCAUUAGCAAGAAGACAAUCCUGAGUCUACAUAACGAUUUGAUGGUCGCCGCAGAGGAUUUGGAGUCGCUGUAUUCAUUGUCGUUGCUCUUCUGGCUUUGCAAUUUGUGCCUACACACCGUCAGCAACGUAUAUUUUAUAAUCGAAUGGAUGAUUGUGAAGCAGUGGGAUGUGCAAUCAUGGCCGCUAGUCCUCUGCAUGUGCACUUGGUUACUGGCAUUUCUCUUCCAGCUGUUACUACUUCAUAUCGCUUGUCACUUCGCUUCAUCCCAAGCUAAUUGCCUAGGUCCGGUUCUGAUCGAAUGGCAAAUAAGACUGAUGAAAAAAGAAAAUGAAGAUUACGUCGAAUAUUCGUUGGAAUUUCUAAACCGAAAGCUCAAGUUUUCCGCUGGCGGAUGUUUUUACGUGAACUUACCGUUAUUACGUUCGAUCGCUUCACUGAUGACCACAUAUCUGGUUAUACUACUGCAACUUAAAUGA